AUGACAGCAAAUACCCGUCAUCGCGGCCUGCCUUUCCUGCAUCGGAACUGGCUCAAGGCCACGAACCACUGGUCCAAGAUGGGGAAUAAGGCGUCGUCACAGGCGCAGAAGCGGUCGCAGUCGCAGACAGGCGACUCGGCUACUUCCAGACCGGCAACAGAUGGUAGCGGCAGUCAGCAGCAGCAAAAUGAGUCCCAACAAGAAGAAGAACGCGCCACCAAGCGCCGGCGCAUCUCCAACGACUACGACGGGUUCCCUCUCUACGAGAACUACGCCAGUACCCAGCGCGCGCUGCGCAUCGAAGUCCUGAAGAUCAGCCACAAGGACGCGCCGCGCUGGAAGAACGGCAUCACAGCCAUGAACGGCUCCGGAAUCACGGCAGCGCCCGUAGACAUCCGUAACAUUGCGCAGAUUAAAGCCCGCUGCAAGCUAACCAUCUACGGGCACCGCAACGGGGAGCAGAUCGUCCUGCACGUGGACAGCCAGCUCUGCGAUAUCCGGGUGUUCAAGAACUCCGCGGGCGCGGCGCCCAUGGUUAGGUUUGCCAAUAUGAGGCCAUUUAGUAUCCCGGAGGAGAAAAUUUUCCUCGAGAGGGAGGAUGAUUCCGUGUUUGGGCUGGCUAAGUGUUAUUCGGUUAGCGUGGAGCUCGAAUCGGCGGGGGAUCCGAGCUGGCCGCCGAAGGAGUUGGUUCCGCCGACGAGUGAUGAGGAGACUUUCUACAAUAAGGGGCUGCUGCCGCAGAGGCAGUGGGUGCUUACGGCGAAUAUCGCGGAUAUUUAUGAGAGUCGGAAUCGCAAGUCGGUUAGGUUGAGGAUCAAGAAGCAUGCACAGCAGGAUAUGGCGACAAAUUUUUUGAUGGAUAUGGAUGUGCGGUGGUUGACGCCUAUUUCGAGUCUGGCGAGGGCGAAGGAGCAGGCGAAGGAUAUCCAGCCUUCGAUUGUGGCUAUUGAUCCGGAUAAUCCUAUCCCUCUGCUGGUCAAUGGCCCUGCUGCGGCGAAUGCGAACGGCGUUAACGGCCAGCACGCUCCCAAACCCGAGUGCGACACCCAGCCAAACGGCACCCAUAAUGAGGGCACAUCAGCAGAAGAACCCGCCGAAGGCGAACUCACCCCCAGCCGCUCGCGCCGCGCGCGUCAAGAAAUCAACUACAACGUCAAACAGCUCUGGAACAACGCCGUCGGUCGCGAAACCCGCAACAACAGCAACAAGCGUCGCCGCGGAGGGGCCUACGGUGAGGAUCACCCUCCAUCCGACGACCGCUCCAUCACGUACUUGCUCCCGCCAGAGCAAGUGCAUACCGACAAGUUCGCCUGCCUGAUCUGCGGCGCGGAGAAUGAGCGGCUGAGUCAGCUCAGAGCACAUUACAUGUGUCAUCCACAGUAUGACUUCUAUUUUGAGUAUAAGCCCAAGAUGGGGGGGUAUUAUGUGACUGUGAAGCCGACGGCACGGGAGGGUGAGAGGGAUGGAGAGGGGUUGAGGCCGAGGGUGUAUCAGCUAGGGUUGCCAGUGAAGCCGCUGGAUUUGGAGAGGUAUGUGGAGGGGGAUGAGUCGUGGGUGACGAGUAGACUCGGGCCGGAGAAUGGGAGAGAGGUAAUGCUGCCGGGGAGAGGAGUACCCAAAAAGCCCCUCCGCCGCCCCAAACGCCGUCCUCUCCUAGUCCCCAAAACCACCCAACCCCUCUUCGACCCCCUCUCUAAAGUCCAGCUCUUACCAGGCCAACCCCUCCCCCAACACCCCAUCGACGACUCCUGGCUCCUCUUAAAACAUCGCGACAACCUGCAAGAUUUCAUCGACCUGCGUCCGGAAGAAAAAGAGUUCCUGCAGGAAUGGGACGCCUUCAUUUUGCGCAGACAUAUUUCGUCGGAGCAGUACCUGCCUAGGUAUUUUCUGAGGUUUGUUCGUGAAAAAGCGGACUGGUUGGUGAGUAAACGGAGUCGGGGGGAGGAGUUUUCGAAGUUGGUGGCAACGCUGUUGGCUAGGAGGGUGUUGCCGGAGAGGGUGGUGAUUGAGGCGACGCAGGUGUUGAAUGAUGCUAGGGGAAGGUUGAGGGAGCAAGGGGGAGUUAUUGAGGGGGAGGGGGAGGGACAGAGGAAAAAAGAGUGCACCGCCCGCCUCUACCACGACACAUGCGUCGAUAACCCCGAGCAAGCCCGCCUGGAGGGGAGACAUUGGAAGUGUGCCGACUGCCGUAUCAAGUGCCAACAACAACAACAACAGCAGCAGCAACAGGAACUGCAACAAGCACAGCAGCUACAGCAGCGCUCGUAG